ACGCGGGUAAUGGCGGCGUAAACAACGCAACGAGCGGUGCAAAAUGCUGCUUAGUCGAACUGCUGUUGAAAAGAGAGUAGAGCUAUAACUCAACGGAAUAUGUUUUCGGUACUAGGAGGAUUCUUGUUCGAUGUGCAAACUAUUAAAAUCCCACUGACUCAGUUAUCGAAGGUGAUUAGCCGCUAGUUAACUUUUAGCCCACUUUGCUAGCCUAAAGGAAAAGCUAUCUAACUUUAGUUUAUUGAGAUGGACUGCGUCGUGACGGGAGGAAACGUGAAAGUGCUGGCCAAAGCCAUCCAUUCUCUGUCCAGGAUCGGGGAUGAUCUUUAUGUGGAGCCUCAGGAAGAUGGGCUGGCCCUGCGGUCUGUGAACUCCUCUCGGUCGGCAUAUGCAUGCUUCCUGUUCGCACCACUCUUCUUCAGCAGGUACACCAUCCCCAGUGGACACAUCUUCCGCUGCAAGAUUGCAAUAAAGAGUGUGCAGGCUGUAUUCAAGUCUCUAGCGACUUUGGAGAAGACGGUGGAAAAGUGUCACAUUGAGUUGGACGAGCAGAAAAACCACCUCACCUUCACUCUGCACUGCAAACACGGCCUCAUGAAGACGCAUAACCUGUCUUUUCAGGACAGUGAAAGCUUACAGGCCGUGUUUGAUAAAGACAGCUAUGCCAAUGUAUUCAGAUCCCAUCCCAGGCUGCUGGUGGACACAUUUGUUCACUUCCCUCCGUCUCUGGAAGAAGUGACAGUGUCAGUGAGCAAUGAACGGAUGUGGGUCAGAAACCAUGUGGAGGAAGAAGGAGACCAGUCUAAGGCCAUGCUGACAGAGCUGUGUCUGGCCUCAGACGAGUUUGACCAUUUUGCUGUCCAAACUCACAACAGCGUCACUUUUUGUCUGAAGGAGUUACGGGGUUUGUUAGUGUUUGCAGAGUCUACUGGUCUCCCUAUUUCUAUGUAUUUUGAUGGACCGGGCAGCCCUGUCGUGCUUUCAGUGACGGACAGUGUCCUAGAGGGAAACUUUGUGCUGGCCACGCUUUCUGACGACCAUAACCACCGUAAAAACAACACUAGACGAGAAUGCACGCCGCCGCCCCCUCCUGAUGACUUCAUGAAUGACGACAUAGACGCUUACCUCAUCGCCAUGGAUACCAGUAUUGCGCCAGGUCCCUCUGUCACAUGUCUGCCCGAACCCCCGUUAGCUGAUUCUAUAUGUUCAAAACAGAGUGCGGCAGCCAAUCACAGGACAAGGCUAGACAGUGAGGCGGAGGAGGAGGAAGAUAAAACAGCCGAUUCAGGCAGACCACCUAAUAAGAAGUUCUGUUCCUUGUUCUUUGGAUCGGUGCUGUCCCCGACCUCUCAGAUGACCACUCAACCAAUGACAAGUCAGGAAGUGUUGGCCAGUGACAGUGAGGAUGACGUACAAUGAAGCAAAGAUUGUACGAUUGGAUAAGAGGAACCUUUCACCUCCAGCACCCUCAUUCACCAUCUUUCCCAGCCUGUACAACUGUUGUACAGAGAGUGGUUUCUUUGUAGAUGGGCAAAGAUAUGAAAAGACAGUCGAGAACAGGAUAUUCUAAUGUUUUAUUGGACCAUAUCGUCAUGGUGGACUUGAAAAUAUAAGAUUAUGUGAACCUGGACAUGAAGCACUUACCGUUUAUUUUUGUUCAAAGUCUUUUGGGUUUGUAAUCAAGGUGCAACAAAAAAGCUCCUCUAAAUAAAAAAACAACAUAUUUUUCAAAUUA